GAUGUUUAGUGCUGUUUUGUAGAUAAACCUCAUGGCGAAAAAAUAAGAGCAAGUCUACAAAUAUAUCACUGCAAAUAUAUCACUACAGGAUACUAAGAACUUGUUUAUUAGAUGCUGGUUAUCUAAUGUUUAUUAACCGACAAGCGAUGUUUUACUUUGGAUUAUUUGUGUACUGCUUAAUUUAAAAUGAACAAAAACGGAUUUUAAUCAUGAAAAUAAUGUUUUAAAUCAACCAAGAACCAGGUUAAAACUGUCUCAGAGCGCCUUAAUACUGGGGCUGAGACACGAACGUCGUGUGCGGGAUCACGUCGUCCGCUCUUCAGAUGGACCGCAGAAUGCACCUGGUGGGCAAGGUGGCGUUGGUGACGGGCGGUGCCUCGGGAAUGGGAUGUGGCUUCGCUGAGGCGCUUCUAAAAGCUGCAGCUAAGGUCUGUAUUGCUGACAUCAACGUCGAGACGGGUGUUGCCACAGAGUCGGAUCUCAGACAACAGUACGGACACGAGAACGUCAUGUUCUCUAAGUGUAACAUCACGUCUGCGACGGAGUUUGAGGCUGUAUUCAAACGGACAAAAGAGGCUUUCGGUGGGAUCGAUAUAGUCGUCAAUAACGCUGGGAUAGGAGGGGAAACGGACGAGAAUUGGGAACAAACUGUGGAUGUUAACAUGAAGGGGACACUACGUGGACUGCGACUCGCCAUGUACUACCUCAGUGUGGAGCACGGAGGCCGCGGGGGAUGCAUUGUCAACGUGGCCAGUAUGACAGGUUUGAAUCCGAACCCGUUAUCGCCUGUGUACGGCUGCACGAAGGCAGGAAUCAUUCAUGCUACACGAUGUUAUGUAGUAUCCGAGGCUGCCAAGAAGUCAAAUAUCCGACUCAACGUGCUGUGUCCGGCAUUCGUAGACACGCCCAUGUUUAGACGGUUGGCGGCAGGGGACGCUACUCAGACUAUCGGCGGGGACCAAACAGCCGUGACGGCGUUCAUUGAGCGCAUUGGAGUACUCAGCACAGAAGAGGUGUCGGUGGCACUAAUUGACAUUCUCACGGAUGAAACGAGAAAUGGGUUGAUUUUGCGUUGCGCGAAAAAGACUGGAAACGUUUACAGCACGCUUACCGUACAAGACGUGUAACAUUAUUUCAUGCGGAGGAACUUGAUAAGAAGGCGAAAAGGUUGAGAAGAAUCCACAUUUCUAUAGUAUUACUUUCAAUAUCUCUUUAAUUGAGCUUAAAGACACACACUAUGUGCCAACCGACAGGGCUGAAAAAACUACGAGUGUUAGUGUUAAAUAUAUGAUACAUUGUAUGUAAUCUUCUACCAUUAUUUGUGCGUUAACAGAGUUCAGGAAUUCAUAUUGUACAGAGAGAACAUAUCGUUUUAGAAAAAUCUACCAGUAUGUGCAAGAAAAAUGUAUUGAACAAAAAAACUACAAAUUGUGAGUCGCGCUUUUAUUUUUCAGUGUGUUCAAUUCAUAUGUCAGCAGAAAGUCAUACUUUAUAUACCCAUUUGAUUUGUACAUUAAUGUUUAAGUUCUCUCAUUUUAAACUGUUCAGUUAAUUACCAUUAGUAAUUAGUAAUUGUUUUGGAAUUGAUUAAUAAUUGUAUGUGAAUAUUUAAGUCUUACACAUUUGUUAAAAGUAGCAAUUUCAAAAACGCACACUCCUAUAGAAAUGACUGUUUUAAAGAAAGAAAUAGUUGCAUUUAGGAUUUCUUAAUUUGGAAAAGAUUAACUCAUGUUCAUUGUUUAACAUACCAACAAAACUAAUACAAGUAAUGAACCAAAGACAUUUUAAAUGUUUUGUCUUCUUCACGCAGCCGAGGCGAACGUCGUUAUGUCUUAACUUUUAAAGGGAUUUGUUCAAAUAUUUUGGCAUUUUUUGUGUAGUUUAUCAUUAAUUUUUAUAAGUUGAUAAAUGUAAACAUCAGAAUUAAUGAGCCCCACCAUAGAACACAAAUAUAAUUUAAGAACAAACAGA